ACAGUGGGCGCCCUCAGUGCUGAGCCAGCGGCGCGGCUGCCCAGACGCUGAUCUUCACCUUGUAACCUGCAGUACUGAGAAAACCAUGGGCUGGUGAGAGGGGCGGCAUGCAAUCACCGCAGCGCCUCGCGCCAUGCUGCUAGAGACCGAGGACGCACUCCACUGUUGGGUGAUGGUCUCGCCGGCGCUCUAACAGUGACUAUGGAAACAGAGGGAUGGGCAUGCGCGUGGACCGAGUGGUCACGUGGUGUCGCCAGGCUGUGACCUUGCUGCUGUCGCUCGCCGCAUCGCACUUCAGCCUACUCCUACUCGCGCCCUUAGGCCUUUGCUUCCAAGAUGCAGUGCACAUCACCGCCAUCUUGGGAGAAUCUGUGGUGUUCAACUGCCACGUUGAGUUCCCGGGCGAUCAUCCCGUGCCCUACGUGUUGCAGUGGGAGAAGAAGGGUCAGGAGAUCCCCAUCUACAUCUGGUACGACAGCUAUCCGACCCACAGUGGUGAAGGUUAUGAGGGUCGCGUGUCACGCGUCUCACCGGACUCGCCCUACGGGCUUGCUUCCCUCAACCUGACCAACAUCCGUGAGUCAGACCAGGGCUGGUAUGAGUGUAAAGUGGUCUUUCUGAACAGACCACCUAAUCAGCCCAGGAAUGGCACAUGGUUCCAUUUGGAUGUUCACGCACCUCCAAGGUUCAGUGUUACACCAGAAGAUAUUAUUUAUGUAAAUUUGGGCGAUGCAAUAAUUCUAAAUUGCCAGGCUGAGGGUACGCCCACACCGGAAAUACUUUGGUACAAAGAUGCCAAUCCGGUGGAGCCCUCAGCCACUAUUGGCAUCUUUAACGAUGGGACUGAGUUACGAAUUUCCAAUAUCCGGCAUGAGGAUAUUGGGGAUUACACAUGUAUUGCAAGAAAUGGAGAAGGACAAAUCAGUCACACAGCAAGAGUGAUCAUUGCUGGUGGGGCUGUGAUUAUGGUCCCUCCUUCAAACCAAACUAAGAUGGAAGGUGAGAAAGUCCAAUUCUCAUGUGAAGCAAAGGCAUUGCCGGGCAAUGUGACAGUACGGUGGUAUAGAGAAGGAGUUCCCAUUAAAGAAGUGUCUUCCCUCGAGACGCGUGUCACUGUGAAGCGGGAUGGAUCUUUAGUUAUAAAUCCCGUUGCUGCAGAUGACUCUGGGCAGUUCAUGUGUGAGGUGACCAAUGGUAUCGGAGAACCACAGACUGCCUCAGCAUUUCUAAAUGUAGAAUACCCAGCAAAGGUGACCUUUACACCCACAGUUCAGUACCUGCCCUUUCGACUGGCCGGUGUAGUUCAGUGCUACAUUAAGGCAAACCCACCACUGCAGUACGUGACGUGGACCAAAGAUAAACGCCUCUUGGAACCAUACCAGACCAAAGAUAUUGUAAUCAUGAAUAAUGGUUCCUUACUGUUCACACGUGUAAAUCAAAGCCACCAGGGACGAUACACGUGCACUCCUUACAAUGCACAAGGCACUCAGGGAUCUUCUGGUCCUAUGGAAGUCUUGGUGCGUAAGCCUCCUGUAUUUACUAUUGAACCUGAGAGCAUAUAUCAGCGCAAAGUUGGAGAGACUGUUGAAAUGCAUUGUGAUGCACAAGAAGCUGAAGGCACGCAGAAACCUACGAUCCAGUGGCAGCGGCGAGACGGAUCACCUCUGCAGCGAAACCGUGUACGAGUGCAGGGGGGCAACAUUACAAUUGAGGGCCUGCGGCGUGCAGAUUUUGGAUUCUACCAGUGUGUAGCUUCAAAUGAAGUAGCGACAAUUGUGACAGUCACCCAGCUUGUUGUUGAAGGCACGCAGCCACAUGCUCCAUAUAACGUCUCAGGCAAUGCAAGUGAGUUUGCUGUCACAUUGCAGUGGCUUCCAGGAUACAGUGGAGGAUCUGGAUACAAGCAGGAGUAUACUAUCUGGUAUCGUGAAUCUGGCUUCUCAGAUUGGAACACAAUACCUGUGACACCCUCUGGGAGCACUCAGGUCACGAUCAAUAGCUUAACUCCGGGCACAACGUAUGAAUUCCAGGUAGUGGGCAAAAAUGAACUUGGAGAUGGAAUGUUUAGCAAAGUUAUCACUGUCAGGACACUUGAUCAGGGCAUACCAACUAUACGUGUAAAUCAAAUAUCAGGAACAGACUUUCCAUUUUCUCCACCUUCUGACAUUUUUGAUUAUAGUGUUAUUGUCUUUCCAACUGAUUCCACAGGAGCUUCUUAUUUCCCACCGGUCCUGCGCCCCAAAGGGCCAAAACCUGGACCACCACGCAAUGUGACAGUGACGGAAGUAGGCAAUGGUUUUCUUAUAACAUGGCAAGCACCUUUAGAAAGGGCCCAUCUUGUACAGUACUAUACUAUUAAGUACCGCACAGAUGCAGCUUGGAAAACCUUAAACAAAGGUCAGAUUCGUCCAGAGGAAACUUCUUACCUUGUUAAGAACUUGGUUGGUGGACGAACAUAUCACUUCAGAGUCCUGGCCAAUUCAUUCCGUAGCUAUGAGAGUAGUGAUGAAGUCAAGUACCCUGUGCCUGCUCGUGUAAAACACAAGGCAAUCACAGCAGGUGUUGUUGGAGGGAUACUGUUCUUCAUUGUUGCAAUCAUAUUGUCAGUAUGUGCUGUUAAAAUAUGCAACAAGAGGAAGCGUCGGAAACAAGAAAAGGCAUACAACAUGGUCGCUUGCCGAGUUACCGAUGCAAGAAAUGGUGGCCAGCCACCAGGGGCCGGUCAAGUGCCUUUGAAAAAAUUUAGACAGAGCAGAGUACCAAGUGUGAUAGGUGGGGUGCUGAAAGGUGCACGCCUCGGCCUGGCCAGCCUGCUACUCUGUGACUCCGUAUCAGACCUGGACUCAGCAUCAGCAGCCUCCGCUGUGGCUGCACACUACUGGCCACCUCCCCCAGACCGCUUGGGCCGCAUCUCUCGUGCCGCAGAUGGCCGCUUUGUUCUCGCUGGUGAUUCUUCGCUCUCAGCCUCUGUGGGUGGCAGUGUCGCAUCCAGCUCCAGUGAUGAUGGAGGCUUCCUACCACGUCGCGGCGGUCGUCGCAGAGCAUCGUGGCGGCGACCACUAGUUGCAUGCCCUAGCCAGCUCAGCUUGAGAUCUGACGGAUCUGGUGAGAGUGCCUUGGCUCUCGCCACUGCUGCCGCUACAGUUGCUGCUGCUGAACGGCAGCACCAACUCCAUCGACUGCCACUGCGUGCACCGCCUCCUAUUUACUCCCCACCUCCACCUCCACCAGCACCAGCACCACCACCAUCAGCAUCAUCACGUGUCAUUCGUGCCAGCUCACCUGCCUCCAAUCUGUUAUCAGCAACUGCGUGGUCACCCAGUUACAACUUCAGUGACCUGAGCUCGGUGCGACGUGCCAGUUCUGCUGAGCGCUCGUUUCCUACACCGCCUUCGUAUUUACAGUUGAUGCGCUCCGUCCACGAGAGGUACUCCCAGGAGUUACCGUCACUGCGGGCUAUACAUGAGGAAGGGAGUGCAUUUCCAGGAAUAGUGCGGGAUCGCCCACCUCCGACUGCUUUCCUUCCUGUUCAUCCACUGGCUACGAGUUCGCCACCGCGUGUUCGUGCACCACCUGCAACACUGGCCAGUGGGUUGCCUUCACUACCGGCAGGUGUAUUACGACGCCCGGCACCAGUACCGGCAGCGCUAUCUCCAGCUAUGGCAAUGACAAUGACUAUGACACCACGGGCACGUUUACCUCCUCGGCAUGCUCGUCAUGCACGCUCUGCACCUGAGCUUGCCUCCCCUGCAGCAGUGGCUGCUGCUGAUCUGUUUGCUGAGACCUCACCUUCGAGCUCGAGUGGUUUUGGCAGCAAAAACACGUCACAGCAAAAUCAGUCCUCACAGUCAGGUAGCACAAGUGCAGAGUGGCGCCUCCCUCCGUAUCGGCCUCCACCACCACCACCACCACCUCCGCCGCCGCCACCUCCUCCUCCACCACCACUGCCACCACCACCAUUGGUUGGUAGCCCUUGGCUGUCAGCACUGCCAUUGCCUCUACCACUAAGACUGCCUGACACGUCGCCACCACACUCGGAACCUGGUCGCUUGCAGCCACUCGAUGUCAGUGUGGACACACAUUAUGAAUUUGACACAGUGAUGCCACAUCCACUUGGUAUGACAACAACCCGUGAUUUCCGUGGAACCAGUGACUCAGAGCUAUAUGCUGCCACUUCCCUGUACCCAUUACAUGCCACUGCUCAUACUCACCAGCAACAGCAGCUGUUGCGUCCUACCAAGAGACUAACCAAGUAUGACAACAUUGAAGCUCGUGUCCAAGCCAUGAAAGAGGAGUUCCACGAGUUUCGUAAACGCCAGGCUAAGAGGCGCCGGAGUGAGGAGUUAGAGAGUGCCUGUUAGCUAUGACACAUCUGCCAAUAAUUGCAACAUUGUUUUUCUCUUGGUGAAUGGAAAGUAAUGUAGCGCAACUGCCCAUUCCAAGUGGAUGCUGCAUAAUAUGGUUUUAUGUAAAUUCGUCAAAAAUGUGAUAACUUAACAUUUUGUUGUCUCCUAAAUAUUAAAUGUUACUAAAAUCUUCUGGUGAGACAAUACUGUGACAAAGUUUUCUAUAUUUGAAUGUUGGGUUUCAUAACGUAUGUUAUUUUUCUUUAAAGUAGAUACUGUAUGAAAAAUGCAUGUGUCAUGUAUUAUGAAGUUCAUUGUGCCAUAAUUAUCAUUUUAUACAUGAACCCCAAAGUUUAAUUUUAAUUGCAUGUGUGUGAGAAAUAUUUGCCUUGAUUGGCUAUGAUGUUUUGCAUUCCUUGUUGUUGUUGUUGUUGUUGUUGUUAUUGUUGCUGCUGCUGUUGCUUGCUGAUAACUGAGGCUGGCUUUUUACUGUUAUAAAACAAUUGUGGAGGCCAGUAGUGAGCAGGUGUACACUUCUGUGAUUCAUCUAUGUGUUAUGCUGGAUUUCUUAGUGUUCCUUAAAAAAUAUGUAAAUUUUUUUUUUGUUUCUUGUCAGCACAGUGCUUCAAAUGGAUAUCAGUUGUAUUGAACAAAAAAAAGAAACUCAUAAAGUGUAAAGCUACAACUGUCAUGUGUAUCUAUUAUUUUCCAUGUAAUGUCAUAAAUAAUACUUCUUUUUUAUAAUUAUUUGUUGCAGUACAAAAAUUCAGUCUUGAUGCUGCAUGUAUAUUAAAAGACUAGGUGUGGCUGAAUCUGUGUCCAGUAAACAGUGGAUCUCACUGAGGUUAUCCAACAUGUAGCAUUCUCAGUGAAACUGUUGGUUUGAGUGUGACAGCAUUAUUUGACAGAGCAUUGUUAGCAGAAUGAGAUGUGAAACAGUGUCAAUGGUUUUCCUCAAACAUUGAACAUACAAGAAGUCUGUCAACUUUUCCUGCCUCUUUUCUGAUGCACCUGAAUCUAACUUUAUUGAAUAAAAGAAGUAUGUCACUAGGCCUAUUAUUAGUUGCAGCACUAUUACAAUAGAUUGUUAGAGUACACUGGAUGGGAACUGGAAAGUAAAAUAAAAUCUGAGUAGAGUUUGUCUCCAUUGUAUCAGCAUUACAUUUCAUGACUAAAGAUAUUGUGAUAUUUGUGGAAUGGCGUGUUGAAGUGUGUUUAUAGACAAAUUGUUUUGGCAGUGGUAGUGGAAACAUCAGUGUGUGAAUAAGGAGAUACUGAGUUAUGUAUAAUAAUAGUACUGCAGAUUACUAGAGUGAAAUGAAUUUAAAAUGUUUAAACAAUAACAAGUGAAAGAAAUGUAGAUAUCUAACUGUUCAUUAUUUGAAACAGAACACAAAAUUUGUUUGAAAUGAGUGAUUGUGUGCAAGUGUACUGUGUGUUUGUAUGGGUCAGAAUGGCCAAAAUGAUGCAUUUACUGCAUAGGCUUUUCCACAAACCAAAUAAGUAUAACUACUUAACACUUACAUAUACGUUCUAAAAUGUUAAUAUAUGAACUUGAGUGAGCAUGAGAAAGUAUUGGAACCUAAGGAACUGAAACAAAGAAAAUGUUAUUACAGAUAAUAUAUGCAUUUAUUCAUAAUUCAUUUGAAUGAAUUUAAAUAUAUAUAAAAUGUAAUUAUUACAUUGUUCUGUUUUUGCUCUAAAUCACAACUGAAAUACAGAGCUCAGAUCUAUAGAAAAGAAAAAUGAAAUAAACAGUUUUACUGUGACAUGAUGAAAUUAUAGACAUUUUUAUUACAUUUUUUACUUUAUUUUUAUCUUGUUCAUUUGUUUGUAUGAAAAUGUGAGCAUGUAUGUGUAUGUAUAUGUAUAUGUAUGGGUCCUUGUUUGCAUGUGAAAGAAAGAGAGUAUAUGAAAGAAUGAUAGAGAGUGGAAAUAACACAACUUGCAAUAAGUUGUCACAGUUAUUUCAUAAAUAUAAUUCUAACGCUUUAUCGUUUAUCCAUUUCUUUAUAAUAAGGGAAUGUUGAAACGACAAACUUUACACACAGGCUGUUACGAUAAAUGUUAUUAUUACUGCUGUGGUGUAAAUAGUGAUAUUUUAUAGAAUUGCUGAUUUUUAUGUUGGCAUUUCUUUUUUAUGGACGUACAUGUCUUAAAGAUUAUUUUUAAGUUUUUAAAGUACAAAUCAAAACAAUUAAUUGAAAAGCUUGCAUUAUACUGCUGAUGUUAGUUUUUUUCCCAAAAGAUGUAUUAGUGAGAGCCUGUUAGCCCAAAUCACAGAGUGAGCGUUGUUAUUAAUUACACUGAUAAAUCUGACAAAGAAUUUGCUGUUACACAUUAUUUUGAGUUGUGGUUGAUUUGUUUUCUGUCAAAUGUCUUUGUUGUGAUGAUGCAAUUUAGAGAUAUUUGCACAAGUGAUAUGUCAAUAAUGUUAAAGUAAAUAAAAUUUACAUUUCACUGGUGUAUCAUCUGGUGCUUUCAGCCAUGUAUCACUUAGUUCUGAUGUUGUACAAUGGUAGUUAUGUACCAUACAAUGUGGCAUACAUGAUUGUAAUCUCAGGAAACUAAUACAAAAUUUAUAUCUGCAUUAUAAUUAUUUCUAUGUUACACUUUAUAAGUACAUACCAUAAUAUUUCCAUAACUCUAAAAUAAAAAUGUACAUGGCUGAUGAAACUUCAUGCAUAGAUUUUUAAAAUGUUUUACAGGAUGAAAAUAAAAUGCAAGUGCAGCAUCAAAGAAACUGAGAAUUAAGAAAAGAGUUUUGUUAAAAUAUUUACUCCCAAUGAGACUUGACAACCAAUUGUUUCUCAUUUGCUGCUUUUUAUGUCAAUUUUUCAGAAGAUAUAAAAGGAUUCAUCCACUCUUGGUUCAGCUUCCUUCAACAAAAGUCAGAGUCAGUGUGCUAUGUGUUCAAAUAAUAAUAAUAUCAUAAUAAUAAUUAUAAGAUUUCUCUUCUUGUGAUGAAAAUUACAACUUAUACCAUCUAAGAGACACUGGAAAACAUAUGGAAGAUUUUUAGUACAUAUUAGCAGAUAUUUCCUUCAUAUAAAGCACUUUUAAUAACAAAUGUCAACACAAGAAAAUUGCAGAGUUCUUUUUCCCCUCCUUUUUGUUUUUAAUACAAAGGAUUUCAAUCAAAGUCACAGUUUAUUUCAAAUAACUGAAGUGUAUACUGUAAGACUUUUCACAGCUUAACUUUUAAAGAGGGAUGGACUUUUUUAUGAAUUAACAUAAAACUUUCAUCUGCAGCUGUUUUCCAGAAAUCCUCUUUUUAUGGUUGAUCCUUGUUGGACAGUAUUUCAUUUUUAUAGAAUGAAAAAUAUUUGGUUUAAAAUGCAAAACAGGUAUGAAAUUAGUGAAAAACAGUGUUUCCUACUAAGCAUCCAGAAAAUGUGAAAACAUGAUGCUUUUAUCUCAUUGCCUAUUUUAUGUUGAUGUGUUAAAACUGAGCUGCUGAAUUAUUGCCACAACUUUGUCAUUUCAGUUGCCCAUCCCACUAUGUACAUCUCUUGGUUAAUUUAUGCCUAUGUUGAACUCUGGAAAGGGUUGAUAUUGUUGAUGUAAAUGUACAAUUAAAGAACUAGUGACACUUGC